GCGACCAAAACAAAGGCAGCAUCCGGGGCAGGGUGGAUGCAAACAACCAUGAAAGACUGGGUUCGCUGUUUCCCCGGCUCUGCUGCUGCCGCCGUGGCCGGGAGGGCUCCGCUGUGAGGGGAAGCAGGGGCGCAGCUGCUGCUGGGUGUGAAUCCGAAAGGUGAGAGCCCAAGAGCCUGAGGAAGGGGCUGGCAGGCCAUGAAAAUGUCCUCGGCCGUGGGGCCCCGCGGUCCUCGCCCACCCACGGUGCCUCCCCCCAUGCAAGAGCUGCCCGACCUGAGCCACCUGACCGAGGAGGAGAGGAACAUUAUCAUGGCAGUGAUGGACCGGCAGAAGGAAGAGGAGGAAAAAGAAGAAGCCAUGCUCAAGUGUGUUGUCAGGGACAUGGCGAAGCCUGCUGCCUGCAAAACACCAAGAAAUGCUGAAACCCAGCCCCACCAACCUUCACCGAGAUUGCAUCAGCAAUUUGAAAGCUAUAAGGAACAAGUGAGAAAAAUAGGGGAAGAAGCACGGCGUUACCAGGGUGAGCACAAAGAUGAUGCUCCGACUUGUGGAAUCUGUCAUAAAACAAAGUUUGCUGACGGAUGCGGCCAUCUCUGCUCCUACUGCCGCACCAAGUUCUGUGCCCGCUGCGGAGGCCGUGUGUCUCUGCGAUCCAACAAUGAGGACAAAGUGGUUAUGUGGGUAUGCAAUUUAUGUCGAAAGCAGCAAGAAAUCUUAACCAAAUCCGGGGCCUGGUUCUUUGGAAGUGGCCCUCAGCCGCCCAGUCAGGAUGGAACCCUAAGUGAUACAGCUACAGGUGCUGGUUCUGAGGUACCCAGAGAAAAGAAAGCACGGCUCCAAGAGCGAUCAAGGUCACAGACUCCCCUGAGCACAGCAGCUGCCUCCUCCCAGGACACGGCUCCCCCGGGUGCACAGCCUGACAGGAGCAAAGGGGCUGAGCCUUCACAGCAAGCCCUGGGGCUGGAGCAGAAGCAGGCUGCAUCCAGGUCUAGAAGUGAACCUCCAAGAGAGAGGAAGAAGACUCCAGGGCUGUCUGAGCAGAAUGGCAAAGGCAAGGGCGAGCGGAAACGCGGGCCAAAGUCCUCGGUGCAACCUGGGGAGGGGGCUGUGGAAGAGCGGGAGCGGAAAGACCGGCGGGAAAGCCGAAGGCUGGAGAAAGGGCGGUCACAGGACUAUCCCGAAGUGCCAGAAAAUCGUGAGGACGGCAAAGCUGCGGAGGACGAGAAGCAAAGGAGUGAGGAGGAGUACCAGACCAGGUACCGCAGCGACCCGAACCUGGCGCGGUACCCCGUGAAACCGCCGCCGGAGGAGCAGCAGAUGCGCAUGCACGCGCGGGUGUCCCGAGCCAGGCACGAGCGGCGCCACAGCGACGUGGCGCUCCCACGCACCGAGGCGGGCGCCUCGCCGCCCGAAAGCAAGGCGGGGAAGCGAGCGCCGGCCGCCGGCAGGGCUUUGCCGCCAGACUCCCAGCGGGUCUACCCGACCGAGAGGACUGCGGAAGCCAGGGCACCGGGCGCCAAGCAGCUAACGAACCACAGCCCGCCGGCUCCCAGGCAUGGGCCGGCUCCCACGAAAGCCCUGGAGCCCAAAGCCCAGGAGCCCCUCAGGAAGCAGAGCCGCCUGGACCCCAGCUCGGCAGUCCUCCUGCGGAAGGCCAAGCGCGAGAAGGCGGAGAUCAUGCUGCGGAAUGACUCGCUGAGCUCGGACCAGUCCGAGUCGGUGCGGCCGCCCAAACCCCACCGGCCCAAGAGGGGCGGCAAGAAGAGGCAGAUGUCGGUGAGCAGCUCGGAGGAGGAGGGCGUGUCGACGCCGGAGUACACCAGUUGCGAGGACGUGGAGCUGGAGAGCGAGAGCGUCAGUGAGAAAGGUGACUUGGAUUAUUACUGGUUGGAUCCUGCCACGUGGCAUAGUCGGGAAACAUCACCAAUUAGUUCGCAUCCUGUAACGUGGCAGCCAUCUAAAGAGGGGGACCGACUAAUUGGACGUGUUAUCCUUAACAAGAGAACAACCAUGCCCAAAGAGUCAGGUGCAUUGCUAGGUCUCAAAGUUGUUGGAGGAAAAAUGACUGACUUAGGACGCCUUGGUGCCUUCAUCACCAAAGUAAAGAAGGGUAGCCUUGCAGAUGUAGUUGGACAUUUAAGAGCAGGGGAUGAAGUUCUAGAAUGGAAUGGUAAACCCCUGCCGGGAGCUACAAAUGAAGAAGUUUACAACAUUAUUUUAGAAUCAAAAUCAGAACCUCAAGUUGAAAUUAUUGUUUCAAGGCCUAUUGGUGACAUUCCACGGAUUCCUGAGAGCUCCCAUCCUCCCCUGGAGUCCAGUUCAAGUUCUUUUGAAUCUCAGAAGAUGGAAAGGCCUUCCAUUUCUGUUAUUUCUCCAACAAGUCCUGGAGCUCUAAAAGAUGCCCCUCAAGUCUUACCAGGACAACUUUCUGUGAAACUGUGGUACGAUAAAGUGGGGCACCAGCUGAUUGUAAAUGUCCUGCAAGCAGCAGAUCUGCCUUCUAGAGUAGACGGGCGUCCCAGGAAUCCCUAUGUAAAAAUGUAUUUUCUUCCGGAUAGAAGUGAUAAAAGUAAAAGGAGGACCAAAACAGUAAAGAAAGUACUAGAACCAAAAUGGAAUCAAACUUUUGUCUAUUCACAUGUACAUCGUAGAGAUUUUAGAGAACGAAUGCUAGAAAUAACUGUGUGGGAUCAACCCAGAGUACAAGAAGAAGAGAGUGAAUUUCUUGGAGAGAUUCUCAUAGAAUUGGAGACAGCACUUUUAGAUGAUGAACCACAUUGGUAUAAACUUCAGACACAUGAUGAAUCUUCACUACCUCUGCCUCAGCCAUCACCUUUCAUGCCAAGGCGACACAUUCAUGGAGAAAGCUCCAGCAAAAAACUACAAAGAUCUCAGCGAAUCAGUGAUAGUGACAUCUCAGAUUAUGAGGUUGAUGAUGGUAUUGGAGUAGUUCCUCCAGUAGGUUAUAGGUCUAGUGCUAGAGAAGGUAAAUCUACAACGUUAACUGUGCCAGAACAGCAAAGAACAACUCAUCACCGUUCACGCUCAGUAUCUCCUCAUCGCGGCGAUGAUCAGGGAAGGCCGCGUUCACGUUUACCAAAUGUGCCAUUACAGAGGAGUUUAGAUGAAAUUCAUCCAACAAGAAGGUCACGUUCUCCAACCAGACACCAUGAUGCCUCUAGAAGCCCAGUCGAUCACAGGUCCAGAGAAGUGGACAGUCAGUAUUUAUCUGAACAAGACAGUGAGCUUCUUAUGCUGCCCAGAGCAAAACGAGGACGAAGUGCAGAAUGCCUACAUACUACCAGUGAACUGCAGCCCUCCCUUGACAGGGCUAGGAGUGCUAGUACCAACUGCUUGAGACCAGACACUAGUUUGCAUUCACCAGAACGAGAAAGGCACUCCAGAAAGUCUGAAAGAUCUAGCAUCCAAAAACAGACUAGGAAAGGCAUUGCCUCUGAUGCAGAAAGGGUUCUCCCACCAUGUCUUUCUAGAAGGGGAUACGCAGCCCCAAGAGCGACUGAUCAGCCAGUCCUUAGGGGAAAACAUCCCGCUCGCUCAAGGUCGAGUGAGCACUCUAGUGUCAGAACACUGUGUUCUGUCCACCACCUUGGCCCCGGAGGGUCGGCGCCACCUUCUCCGCUUCUGACCAGGACGCACCGACAAGGAAGUCCACCCCUCUCCCCUCCCGCAGACCCGACCUUUGGCAGUCGAAGGGGAAGGCAGCUCCCACAAGUGCCAGUGAGAAGCGGCAGUAUAGAACAAGCAAGCUUAGUAGUGGAGGAGCGAACGAGACAGAUGAAAAUGAAAGUGCAUCGAUUUAAGCAGACAACAGGGUCUGGUUCUAGUCAAGAACUUGAUCGCGAGCAAUAUUCCAAGUAUAGCAUACAUAAAGAUCAGUACAGAAGCUGUGAUAACGUCUCUGCCAAAUCAUCAGAUAGUGAUGUCAGUGAUGUGUCCGCCAUUUCCAGAACCAGCAGUGCCUCACGCCUCAGCAGCACAAGCUUUAUGUCAGAGCAAUCUGAGCGCCCCAGGGGUAGAAUCAGUUCAUUUACCCCUAAAAUGCAAGGCAGACGGAUGGGGACUUCAGGAAGAGCCAUCAUGAAGAGCACCAGUGUCAGUGGAGAGAUGUACACACUGGAGCAUAAUGACGGCAGUCAGUCAGACACGGCUGUGGGUACAGUGGGAGCAGGUGGAAAGAAACGGAGAUCGAGCCUGAGUGCCAAAGUGGUUGCCAUAGUGUCUCGAAGAAGUAGAAGCACAUCUCAACUAAGCCACACAGAGUCCGGCCACAAGAAGUUAAAAAGUACCAUACAGAGAAGCACAGAAACAGGAAUGGCGGCCGAAAUGAGGAAGAUGGUGAGGCAGCCAAGCCGCGAGUCCACAGACGGCAGCAUCAACAGUUACAGCUCCGAGGGCAACUUAAUAUUUUCUGGAGUGCGACUGGGAGCAGACAGUCAGUUCAGUGAUUUUCUCGAUGGACUGGGACCCGCCCAGCUUGUCGGCCGCCAAACCCUGGCCACCCCUGCAAUGGGCGAUAUACAAAUUGGAAUGGAGGAUAAAAAGGGCCAGUUAGAAGUUGAAGUUAUCAGAGCCCGAAGCCUCACGCAAAAGCCUGGUUCCAAAUCAACACCUGCUCCAUACGUCAAAGUGUAUCUUUUGGAAAACGGGGCCUGUAUAGCUAAGAAGAAGACCAGAAUUGCACGGAAAACCCUUGAUCCUUUGUAUCAGCAGUCCCUGGUUUUUGAUGAGAGUCCACAGGGUAAAGUUCUUCAGGUGAUUGUCUGGGGAGACUAUGGCAGAAUGGACCAUAAAUGCUUUAUGGGAGUGGCUCAAAUCUUGUUGGAAGAACUUGACCUGUCCAGUAUGGUAAUUGGAUGGUACAAAUUGUUCCCGCCGUCAUCACUGGUGGAUCCCACACUCACUCCCCUAACCCGCCGGGCUUCCCAAUCAUCUCUGGAAAGUUCAACUGGGCCUCCCUGCAUUCGGUCAUAGUGAACUCAUACCAGAGUCAUUCCAAUAAAACUCUACCUUUCAAGAUAAUAAUUUGAACCAGAUAUUUCAUGAUCAAAAGCAUUGUUGGAGACAAUCAACUUGUGUUUUGCCUGUAGUAGUUUUUCAGUAAUGUGUCCCAGUAGUUGUUUCAACCCCAGCUUCGUACGACAGAACAAGGCAGUCUAUGAAAUUGCAGUAGGAGCCAAUGUGCUAGUGAGAGUCACUGAUGCUUCUACCAAACAGAAAAAGAGGAAAUUUCAAAUUUGCGCACAUGCGUGCACACACACACACACACACACACACACAGAGCAAACAGGAUGAACUGGAAACUCUCACUCUGUGAAAGUUGUGUUUUACAUGUUCCUACACAGGCCACAGGCAGUGUUAUUUCCCCAUCAUGUAAGAAGUUUUGUUCGUUUGUGUUUUGUCUCUGUGUGUGUCGUUUGUUGGUUUGGGAUUUGUUUUGUUUUAUUUUUCCUGGGUCUGUUAUUUUCACUGUUUUUUGGCUGUGGCAUGCCAGGCCUCGUGAUGCUGACAGAGACCCUUCCUUUCUUUUUCCAAAAGCACCAAAAAAAGGGCUGAAGCAGUCUCUGCAGCACCUGCCCCAAGUGCUUGACACCUAGACACGGCGAGGCCCAGGAAGGGCUUUCAUUCCACCAUUCUUCAAAGUCUUAUGUGUCAAACCCGGAAAACAAAAAGUUCUUUUCCAAAACAAAUCAUCACAGACUCCCUUUUUUAAGGAAGAGUGUAUCUGUUUGCGUUCUAAAACAUUAAUUUGUGUUUUCCGUUGUUUUGCAUGGGAGACUUUUAAGGAAGUCAAUCUGCAACUCAUGCUGAGAUCUAAAACUGACUGCAUAAUUGUACUUUGGAAACACUCCUUGUAAUGCCUUUUACUUCCUGAUGUUAAUCAAAAGUAUAUGCUCAUGUGUGUGGACCACACUUUUGACUUCCCACAAUGGUGACUACACAUGGAUUGGAGCCUAAGACACUCUCAGCUAUGCCCAGGCUUCUCGGCCAUGUCUCCGUGUAGACACACCCAUCUGCCCUGGAAAGAGCAUGGUAUGAGCUGUUCAAUAUUCCACUGGAAAUUCCAGUUGAAAUAUUCUGCACUAAACUAAUGUUUUUUAUCAAAUUUCAGUUUACAUUUCUUUGAGAUUGAUGCAAGCACAAAGCUUGAUUUUUUAAUGCAAAGUAUCUUACUUUUCUGGGGGGGAUGGGAAUAAAACAAAGUCAAAUUUCAAUUUGCAUUUUCUUCAUCUGAGUUUUUCUUGGCCUUGAAUUUCCCUUGUGACAUUCUGUACCCGUGUUACCUACUGCAGACUCUGCAGGUGCAUUGACAUGUUCGCCCUCCUUUUACGAGUCGUCCGCCUUUUGUGAUUACACAGAUAGAGCAGCAUGACUUGGAACUGUUCAAAGCUGCAUGCACGUUUUGUAAAAAAAUAAAAAACAAAAAAGAAAAGAAACAAAAGGUGAUUUAAUAAUGUAUGUUAGUUCCACAUAGGCUCGCUUGUAUGUUGCAUGUACUUGUACAGUUUGCUCGUUAAUUACUAUACUGAAAUAACCAAGAAAUCUAAGCCAUCCAUUUUUGUUAUAGACAUUUUGCAGGUUUUCGCCAGGCUCAAUCUGUGAGUCUGUGGUGAAAUGUCUAUAGAUGGACUUUAUUUUUUACCCUCUGGAAAACGUGAUGUAGUAUGGACCAAAUUCCUUCUAAUACAUAUUUUGGUGUAGAUUCCUACUGUGGGGCUGUAACACAUGUAGACACUGUGUACACACUAGGUUUUAAUCCAUAGACAUACUGCCUGCACCAAGUGAAUUCUUUAUCCUUAUUUACACACGCCAGAAUUACCUGCCCAUCAUUGCACAGGGCACAGACUGACCACUCUUCACCGUGCUGAGCAGGAAGAACUGAAGCAUUGGUGCACUUAUACUAGAUUCCGUUCUGUCUUAGUGGCCAACAACCAACUAAUUAUAAUUGGGUAGUAUCUUUCUAUUUUGACCACUUGUCUUAACACUUCCCUGUGCUUUUAAAUGAACUUCCAACUCAUGUAUGUAAACAUGUUUAAUAAAAUUUACUUUUCAUGUCA